UCCAAGUCAGUCACUGCAUACAGUUACUGGGGUUAAUUCUGAAGAGACAAGUGUUUUAUUAGUAGAACGAGAUCCAGGAAAACGUUGUCAAAUUUCGGAUUAUCCUCCUGAGAAACAAGAUCAAGUUAUUAGAGCAUACAUGAAACAUGGUCCAUACCGAUUUGAGUUCAAGAAUAAACUAUACCCUCUUUCAGGACCAAAGAAACACCAACGCAGGUUUCAAGCUCAUUGGUUCAAGGCAUUCCCUUGGUUAGAAUAUUCGCCUAAAUUAGAUGCUGCAUUCUGCCUUCCUUGCUUUCUAUUUUCUAAGAAACCAGUUGGAAAAGUAGGAUCUGAUGUAUUCACAGUGAAAGGUUUUAGGACUUAGAAGAAGGUUAAUGAUUCAGACAAGUGUGCCUUCUUGACUCAUCAGGGAAAGGAUGGUAACUCUGCUCAUAACUAUGCUGUUCAAUGUUAUGAUAAUUUAAAGAAUCAGCCAGGCCAUAUUGUACAUGUGAUGGAGAAGCAAUCAGAUGAAGAUAUUAGAAAGAACAGACUGCGUCUUAGAGCAUCAAUCGACGCAAUCAGAUGGUUAGCAUUCCAAGCGUGCCCUUUCCGAGGGCAUGAUGAAUCAGCAGCCUCAAAUAACCAAGGUAAUUUCCUUGAAAUGGUAAAACUUCUAGCUUCAUAUGAUGAUGAGGUCAAGGCAGUUGUACUAGGCAAUGCUCCAGGGAAUGCUAAGUACACCUCACCAGAUAUUCAAAAAGAAAUCCUUGAUCUUAUGGCCAGUAAUGUGCAAUCAGCAAUUCGUGAUGAAAUCGGUGAUGCUAAAUUUUGCUUGAUUGUCGAUGAAUCUAGAGAUGAGUCAAGAAAAGAACAAAUGGGAAUUGUAGUUCGCUUUGUUGAUAAAGAUGGCUUCGUCAGAGAGCGUUUUCUUGAGCUUGUUCAUGUUCGAGAUACAUACUCUACAACUCUCAAACAAGAAAUAUGCUCUGUUUUAUCUAACCAUAAAUUGGAUGUAAAAAGUAUUCGUGGACAAGGAUAUGAUGGUGCUAGUAACAUGCGUGGAGAGUGGAAUGGAUUGCAAGCAAAGUUUAUGGAAGAUUGUCCUUACGCAUAUUAUGUUCAUUGUUUUGCUCAUCAACUACAGUUGGCUCUUGUUGCUGCAUCAAAAGAGGUAACUGAUGUUCAUAAUUUCUUUGAACAUCUUGCUCUUGUAGUCAAUACGGUUGUGUCUUCCAGCAAGAGAAAUGAUGACCUCAAUGCCAAUCAAGUUGCUGAAAUUGAGCAUCUUAUUGAGCUUAAUGAGCUUGAAACUGGCAGUGGGGCUAAUCAAAUUGGAACCCUGCAAUGUCCUGGAGACACUAGAUGGAGCUCUCACUUUGACUCAAUUUGCAGCCUUUUAAGGCUUUACAAGCCAACAUUUCUAGUACUGAAAGAUAUUGCUACUGCUAGAGGUUCAGGGACUUCAGCUUCUGGACGAGCAAAGGCUGCUGGUGCUGUGAAAUUAAUGAUGUCGUUUGACUUUGUUUUUAUUUUGCAUGUUAUGAAAGAACUUAUGGGUAUCACAAACCUCCUCUGCAAAAAGUUACAGCAAAAAUCCCAGGACAUUGUCAAUGCUAUGGAUGAUGUUGCCACUACUAAAAAGCCGAUUCAGAAUUUAAGAGAUCACGGUUGGAGUAGCCUUAUCAGUGAUGUGACAUCAUUUUGCAAGAAACAAGACAUUGCAGUUCCAGAUUUGAAUGCCUUUUAUGCAGACUACAUUCGAUCACGUGCGCAAAAUGAGCUAACAGUUGAGCAUCACUAUAGAUAUGACAUUUUCACAGUUGCUGUGGAUCAACAAUUACAUGAGUUAAAUUCCAGGUUCAGUGAACAAGCUACAGAGCUUCUUGUUUUGUAUGCUUCUUUGGAUCCUAAGGAUUCGUUCAGUUCACUCAAAAUUGAUGAUGUGUGCUUGUUGGCUUCAAAGUUCUAUCCUGCUGAUUUCUCAGAACAAGAAAUGGUUAAUUUGAGGCAUCAGUUACAACAUUAUGAGCUUUAUGUACCUACCAAUCCAAGGUUUCAGAAUUUGUCAAAUAUUGCUGAUCUUUGCCGUCGGCUAAAAGAAACAGGAAAAUCAGAUGAUUAUUAUUUGAUUGACAGAUUGAUUCGGCUUGUUCUAACUCUACCGGUUACAACUGCAACGACAGAGCGUGCAUUCUCCGCAAUGAAACUGAUUAAGACAAGACUUCGGAGUAAAAUGGGAGAUGGCUUUCUAAGAGAUUGCUUGAUACUCUACAUUGAGAAAGAGAUUGCAAUAAAGUUCACUACCGAAUCACUUAUUGACGGCUUCUGGGACAUGAAGUCACGCAGAGUUCGACUCAAAUGAAAAAUGUUAGUGUCGCUAAACCUUUUUUUCAUGUAUUGUUUUUAUGAAUCGGAUUAUGCAUUUGUGUACUUAA